AUGAACCUUUCUCCAACCUCAUUUCAAAACUCUAAAGCACAACUUUGCUUUUAUUAUAAGUUAGACAAGAAACUUGUCAAGCACAAAAACGAACUGAUCCAACCUGGUGGCACGUUUUCGACUGAUGCUGCUCACGUCACGUUAAAGAUCCCUCCUCAUACCAAUAAUAAAGGCGGUUAUAUACUGUCAUUUAGCGUCAAAGCGAAAAAGCCCAUCGAACUUGCUCAAUUCAAAGCAACAUUUAUGACCGACUUGCAAGACCAGCGUAUGUUGGCAAAUGGUUUUCAAAGUUGGAGUCAAGCAAGAGAAAUGACAAAGAAUGACAAGAUUAACCCUAUUCGAUCCUCUAUUGCCUGGUAUACACAACUGAACCUUCAAGGUGAUUAUGAUAUAUUUCAGCACUCUGGCGAAAGAGGCGUCAUUCACUCAAGUAGUUACACUCACUUUCGAGACAUGAAGAACGUUCUUUCCUUUUUUGGAUCCGUGUCCGAACAGUACGGCUAUACUUACUUCAUCGGUGACUUUAAUAGCAAUUCCCUCAGCAUCUACAAGGACGUGUCCGGAAUGCGACUUGACAAGGAUGAAGAGAUUGAACUCGUACGCAUCUUUAUGGCGCAAGGAUUAGACGCAGAGGCAGCCAUCUGGGACGAUUAUGCAGAGUUUUACCCUGACCGCAGAUGUAUUCGAGGCAACAACAUGAAGCGUCACGUGAAUGGCUGGACAUCCUGGUACAACUAUUAUGGAGACGUGAGCGAGCUAGUGAUUAAUGAAAACGUGGAGGCCCUCAAGCAAUUUCAGUAUCCAAUCGACAUUUUCCAAAUUGAUGAUGGAUUUCAGACUGCGAUUGGUGACUGGCUAUCAAUUAACGAAAAGUUUCCAAGUGGCAUGAAGGCUGUGGCCAGUAAGAUCAAGAACGCUGGAUUUAAGGCAGGACUCUGGUUAGCUCCUUACGCGGUUGGGUUUAACAGUCGUCUGGCUCAAGAGCAUCCAGACUGGCUCAUAAUCAAUCCUGAAACAAAGAAGCCUGUCGUGGCUGGACCUAACUGGGGCGGAUUUUAUGCACUGGACAUGUAUCAUCCUGGAGCACGUCUAUAUCUAAAAGAAGUCUUUGACACCGUCUUGCACGAUUGGGGAUUUGACAUGCUCAAGCUUGAUUUCUGUUUUGCUGCUGCCAUGAUUCCUCGCUGUGGAAAGUCGAGAGGCCAGAUCAUGUGGGAAGCUAUGGACUUGAUCCGAGAUCUUGUUGGUCCAGACAAGCUUGUCCUUGGCUGUGGUGUUCCCUUAGCCUGUGCAUUUAGAAAAGUAGACUAUUGUCGUAUCGGCUCUGAUGUUGCUCCUUGGUGGGAAGAUAGCAAGCUAAAGUUACUUCACGUUCGAGAACGCGUAUCAACAGCCAAUUCGCUUGUUUCAACGCUCAGCCGAUGGUCCAUGUCUGAUAGAAUGUUCGGCAAUGAUCCAGAUGUCAUGAUUAUCCGUAACCAAAACAACAAGCUGACACCCAGCGAACGAUACACUCUCUGUGUGCUUAACAACAUCCUUGGUGCCCUUGUCUUUAGCUCCGACAAUGUAGCACUGUACGGUCAGGAUGAACACUUGCUUUAUGCAGCAACGUUUCCCAAAGUGAUAGCACAGGUCAAGAGAGUGCUCGAGUUUAGAAAAGACUGCUUUAUGGUCCAAUACUCGGUCCAGAACGGAUCUGUGGUCAAUCAGUAUACAACAUACAGUAACCUAACCGAGGAAGAACAAGUGAUUUAUUUACCAGAAUCUUCCAAAGACACUCACCUCUUGUUUGCUACCUCAAGUGAGAUGCACACGGCCUAUUCAGACUAUAACGAACCUAUCUUUUAUCAUCCUUCAUCAGAGGUCAAACUCAAGAUCCACGAGACCAAGACGUUUCUCCAUAUCCCUCCAGAGAGUGACAGUCUCUUGUUGUUAGGCACUACAGCUCAUAUUGUGCCAGGCGCUGAAUUAGAAACAUUUAAAAAAGAAGGAAAGGAUGACAUCAAGAUUAGCUUUAGAUUGGAAAAUUCUAGACGUCAUAAAGUCUAUUUCGCAUUAGGAAAGUAUCUGCAUACAAGUCGAUCGUUUGUACCACCCGUCUGCAAGGUCAAUGGUAAGCAAGCAGAACAUACUUGGAUUCCAGUACAUGGAUUUGGAGAGGGAAGAGUCAAGAGUGAAGUAUUAGCGUUUAGCUUGGAACAAUAUUAA